UUCUUCGCCCUGCUUCUCGUCGAGCUCCAGAAGAUGUUCCGGGAUGAGCAGACCUACUACCGCCUUCGGCACAGCAACCCUCCUGAGUCCCUGGAGGUGGAAAUGGACGAUCUGGAGUCCAAGGCCGGAGAGUUCGGCAUCUACGAUCUCUCGGGCUUCUACCAGAGCAAGCUCUUCAAGGACAAGAGGUGAUGCAUUUAUGACAACGGUGUUGUUAUUCGCGAAAAAAAUUUAAUUGGGGUGUUUCGGAACACGGUUCGACCCUUUUCGAUUUAGGUAGAACUUUUCGAUUUAGGUUGUUGUUGUUGUUGUUUGUCUUCACAUUAAACCGUAUGUCAGUUGCUAAAUGCCAAAAUCUAGCAAAAGACUCUCAGCCCGUGGUCACGAAAGUGCUAGAGCCAUCUGAGGAUCUAAAGAACACGCACACAUCUGACGAGAAAAAGGUAUGCAAGAGCCCGAAGAGGUACACCUAAAAAUCCCUGCAGCACCGUAUGCGUGCCCAAAAACUGAACUGCACGUCCGUCCCACCGUUCGACUACAGUAGCAUCACCCCCUCCCUGUCCCACUCUAUACCAAAACGGAAGAUUGCCGACUACAGCAUAAUGCUGUCUGAAGUGCUGUCUGUACAAAAACACCAUGGUAGGCAUGGAACAAGCAGCUGGCGGGGCACAAAGCUGCUGUCUGAAGUGCUGUCAGAAUGUGUCUGCGGCCGUACAGUGAAAAAGAACAACCAACCAAAGCCAUCAUAGCAGCAAUUGACAAUCACCCGAAUCUCUCCCGAUCGUCUGUGUUAGGCACUGCAGUGAAAAAUAUCGACACUAGCUAAGAAUCGUUCCACAUUGAAGGGGUCUUCCACGAUCAGGCACAAAACCAAUGCACCCGGGUUAGCCACGCCAUCUACAAAACCGGUGACGAUGGCAUCACACAAUACCAACACGGAAAGUCAGAAAAAAAACGAAAAAAUUGACAACACAGAUAGAAAUGUUUGUCCGUGCGCCACGGGUCGAUGUCGCCCGCAUGCUCCGGUGCCAUUGCUCCAUCCGGCGCCGCGGUAGUCAGCCCGAGCAAAACGCCACUCGACCUGCUCCGUCCGUACACGCUCUCGUUGCUGUCCUUCCCAGUCCGUUCCUCGCUUUCUCCCUAAUUGCACUCAAGGUUCUUGGUCUGAAAAAGAUAAAAAUUCUCGCGCCGAAUGGUCAACCAGCCUAGUUCAGCUCGUCGCCACCUGCUCCCUCCUCCUUUGAUGGCGAAGCCAGGUUACUGAGGCAAUGCAGCUCCCUCUAGCAAACAUAGGGCCGUGUAGUGCCCGUUCACCUUUCCGAUGAUGUCUGCCUCCGCGCACAAAAAUGAGAUGGGCAUCACUGCCAACGCCGACGGCCAGAAAGGCCCGCGCAUCUACAUUUUCCCGCCUGACCCCAUCAGUGCC